GGAGAGGGGCGGGGGAGGCGGAUGAGGAGGAUGAGAUCAUAGCUUCAGGAUCCUCAGGAAACCCUGGUACAGGCAGCAGCCAGCCUCCGCUGUGCCCACAUGACCCACAACUCUGGCAGCGGACCCGGCACUUCCAACAUUACUAAAUAAUCAGAGAGCGGCUCCCACUCUGGGCCCACACCUCCCUGCAGACGAUGGACACCUUCUAAGAGUUUGGCGAGUGGGUGACCCAGGCGCCCGUCCAUUGCAAGAUAAACAGGAUUUAUAAGCCCUGGGGAGCCCUUGAGAAGUCUUCAAAUGCCACAAUCAACUGCUAUUUCAAAGAAAACAAAAUAGAUGGUUCUGGGAAGUCCAUGCUGUUUCUCCAUUGAAUUUUAGAAUGAUUGAAGAUAGUGGGAAAAGAGGAAAUACCAUGGCAGAGAGAAGACAGCUGUUUGCAGAGAUGAGGGCUCAAGAUCUGGAUCGUAUCCGACUCUCCACCUACAGAACAGCAUGCAAGCUGAGAUUUGUGCAGAAGAAAUGCAAUUUGCACCUGGUGGACAUCUGGAAUGUCAUCGAAGCGCUGCGGGAAAAUGCUCUGAAUAACCUGGACCCAAACAUAGAACUCAACGUGGCCCGCCUGGAGGCUGUGCUCUCCACCAUUUUUUACCAGCUCAACAAACGGAUGCCAACCACUCACCAAAUCCAUGUGGAGCAGUCCAUCAGCCUCCUGCUGAACUUCCUGCUCGCAGCCUUUGACCCGGAAGGCCAUGGUAAAAUCUCAGUAUUUGCUGUCAAAAUGGCUUUGGCCACGUUGUGUGGAGGGAAGAUCAUGGACAAGUUAAGAUAUAUUUUCUCAAUGAUCUCUGACUCCAGUGGAGUGAUGGUUUAUGGAAGAUAUGACCAGUUCCUUCGGGAAGUUCUCAAACUUCCCACAGCGGUCUUUGAAGGUCCUUCAUUUGGUUACACAGAACAGUCAGCCAGAUCCUGUUUCUCCCAACAGAAAAAGGUCACAUUAAAUGGCUUCUUGGACACGCUCAUGUCGGACCCUCCUCCCCAGUGCCUGGUGUGGCUGCCUCUUCUGCAUCGACUGGCGAAUGUAGAAAAUGUCUUCCAUCCGGUCGAGUGCUCCUACUGUCACAGUGAGAGCAUGAUGGGAUUUCGCUACCGAUGCCAGCAGUGUCACAAUUACCAGCUUUGCCAGGACUGCUUCUGGAGGGGCCACGCAGGAGGUUCCCAUAGCAACCAGCACCAGAUGAAAGAGUACACGUCGUGGAAAUCACCUGCUAAGAAGCUAACGAAUGCACUAAGCAAGUCCCUGAGCUGUGCUUCAAGCCGUGAACCUUUGCACCCCAUGUUCCCAGAUCAGCCUGAAAAACCACUCAACUUGGCUCAUAUCGUUGAUACUUGGCCUCCAAGACCUGUAACCAGCAUGAACGAUACUCUCUUCUCCCACUCUGUUCCCUCCUCAGGAAGUCCUUUCAUCACUAGGAGUAUGCUUGAGAGUUCAAACCGACUUGAUGAAGAACACAGGCUGAUCGCCAGGUAUGCCGCACGCCUGGCAGCAGAAUCCUCAUCCCAGCCAACUCAGCAGAGGAGUGCUGCUGACAUCUCCUUCACCAUCGAUGCAAAUAAACAACAAAGGCAGCUGAUUGCGGAGCUAGAAAACAAGAACAGAGAAAUCUUACAAGAGAUCCAGAGACUCCGGCUAGAACAUGAGCAAGCUUCUCAGCCCACACCGGAGAAGGCUCAGCAGAACCCAACCUUGCUGGCAGAACUCCGGCUCCUCAGACAGCGCAAGGACGAGCUAGAGCAGAGGAUGUCUGCUCUCCAGGAGAGCCGGAGAGAGCUAAUGGUCCAGUUGGAAGGUCUCAUGAAACUACUGAAGACCCAGGGGGCAGGGUCCCCUCGCUCUUCCCCCAGCCACACCAUCAGCAGGCCAAUUCCCAUGCCCAUCCGGUCAGCAUCUGCCUGCUCCACACCAACGCACACUCCUCAGGACUCCCUCACUGGGGUAGGGGGAGAUGUGCAAGAGGCAUUUGCACAGAGUUCAAGAAGGAAUUUAAGGAAUGACUUGCUAGUGGCGGCAGAUUCCAUCACUAACACCAUGUCCUCUCUGGUGAAAGAGCUGAAUUCAGAGGUGGCAAGUGAAACAGAAGGCGCUGUGGAGUCUGAAUUUGCAAGAACUCAGUUUGAAGGUCUGGUUCCAUCGCCAACCUCUGAAAAGGCUUUUCUAGCCCAAAUUCACGCCCGAAAACCUGGGUACAUUCAUAGUGGAGCUACAAGAACCAUGCACGGUGACAUCGUCCCAGAAGACGGGGAUUCUUACGUCCAACCCGAGGAUGAGAACUACGAGAACGAGUCUGUGCGGCAGCUGGAGAGUGAGCUGCAGAUGGAGGAAUACCUGAAGCAAAAGCUGCAGGAUGAAGCCUUCCAGGUCAGCUUGCAAGGUUGAAUGCAAUGUCCUUUUCUCACUCUCCUCUCAAGCAAGCUAUAGUCAGACAAAUGAUGAAAGUAACAUGACAUCCGGUGAUGGAGAGAGCUGUACCUACAAAGAGGAGGAAGACAGCAGCGCGGCCGCAGCCUCACCCUCGCUUGGAGAGAGGAGCCACCACAUCCAGCAGCUCCAACACCCCCCUCCCCUAAGAUGUGUUCCGAUGCCUGUAGUGCAGCUAGCUUUCUGUUCUAAGAUUUGUAGUUCAUAGGUGUGUGUUUUAGAGUGGGGGGUGGGGGAGACAAGACUUCUGUUCCUAGACACUGUAUCAACUCCAUCUCCUGUAACAUGGCUCAUCCCUGGUUCAAAGCAAAUAUCCACAGGCUGAGAGCCUGCUGCUGUUACACCAGGCAGUAGUAUUAACGAGCGUUUUAAACCUUUGCACACAAUAUUGAACCCGUUCAGUUUACAAUGACAAUAUUAAUACUGUUUGUAGCUAGGAGUUUCUGGAUUCUUUGAGAUUUUAGCAAAGACGGUUUAAUUAUAUACUAUACAUUUUCAAAAAACAACAACAAUCUGCAAUAGGAUUUGGUUUCUGAAUGUCAAGACUCAGAACCCAGAAGCCAAGAAGGGUCUUUGGCCUGCCCAUGUCUCCAAGUCCCUCUGAGAAAUUAAUUAAACCUGCCACCACCAAAAAUGAUGGGGUUGGGGGGAGGGGCGCAUAUUUCCAACUUUGGGUUGUUUUCCUUUAAGAUAUUCUAAUGAGUCAGCCAUAGAAUUUAAUGUAAAUACUUUUUCCAAAUAGAUAUCAUAUUCAAAAAAAAAAGAGAGAGAGAGAGAGAGAGACAACAUUCAAAUGAUAUAGAAUCUAGUUUUUAAAAUCAACACAGAUCUUCUUAAAAACUGUGAACUAUGUUUUUGGAAUACUCGUUACUAAAGCUGUCUAUAAACCACAGGUGCCAUAAGAUUCCCCCAACGGACUCCAGCUAUCUGCAUUCCCCCAGGUCCUGCUCUCCACACUGUAUCCUUAGGAAGCAUGUCUUACCCAGCACUGCUCAUUGACAAGUUCCCUCAUCGGGUAGUUCCGAGGCCUUCAGCUUUAAAAGUAUGGGCUUAAAGCGCGCUUGCAGACAUUCGCUCGCCCUCUGCUUUUUCUUUCUGAAUGUUGAUUGCCUUACCUGACCACCUGUUGUUCUGCAUGCAGCCGUGCGUGGUCAUGUGAAAGCAGGAGGAGACAGGCUCUUCCAUGUGGUAUUGGGAUUUCACACUCAGUUGUUUGCUGGUGUGUGAAAGAACUCUCAAAGACAAGAGGAUAAACGCCUGUGGAUGGUCCUUCACGAGGCCCCUCAGUAGAGAGACCUCAAAAGGACCUCCCUUUAGUGAUCCUGGGGAAAAUGGAAACGAAACUGGUUAUUUCAAGAUCUGUUGUACAAGGAAAAGAAAGAGCCAGACACCCGCUGGCUGUCUUAAACUCGCAGCCUCUCUGGAAUUCCUGGUUUUUUUCUUCUAAAAGAAAGAAGGGAAUAUCUUUGCAGAACAAUGAGUCUCAGAAUGUGUCCCUCAGACCAGCAAUGUUCGAGUCACCCAAAAGUCUUAGCAAUGCAGUUUCCUAGGCUCCAAACCCUACUGACCCACUGAAUUCAAAACUCUUGGGUCUGGGCCUAGUGAUCCAUGUUUUAAUCAGCCCUCCUAACAGUUCGGACGUAUUCUAUAAGAUGGAAGUCCUUGUCCUAGCGUUCUAUAACAAGGACUGAAAAAGGCCUUAUCCAGACCAGGCUGUAGCUCAGUUGGUCGAGUGCUUGCCUAGCAUACACAAAGCUCUGGGUUCAAACUUCCAGAGCUUUGUAAACCUGGCCUGGUAAACGGAUGCCUGUGAUUCUAGCACUCAGGAAAUGGAGGCAGGAAGAUCAGGAGGUCAAGGUCGUCCUCAGCUAUGUAGUAAGUUGGAGGCCAGCCUAGGCUACAUGAGACCCUGUCUUGAAGGAGCGGGGGACUGCUCAGAAUAAAUGAGAAAUGUCCUAAGUGGACCACAGAUUCAAUUUGCUCACUAAUGGGCAGAAGCCCCCUCCCACCCCAUACACCUAGACUGUAUUGAGUGGCUAAGAACUCCCUUUCUGACCCCACUGUCUUCAGAGGACUAUUGGGUGUUCUUGCCUCUGCAUUUGGUCAGAAACCUCCUUGGCUGCCCUUUAAACAAAAUCAUUUGCCUUGAGGAUAGCUGAGGGUUUGAUUGGCAUCAGUAGAGGACCCCGCACUCUCCCUGGGUGUUCUUAGUCUAUUUCUCUCCAGAAAACCCGCCUCACAAAAUUCCCUGAGCACAGGCUAGCACCAAAGUUUCACAACUGCACAGUUCUCUGAUUUCUUUGCACAGGUGGAUUUGAUUGCGGGUUUUGUUGGUAUGUCUUAAUGUUCAUCUCUCUUCCCCUGCCCAUCCUUUGUGAAAUCACACCUCUCUAGAUGGUGCAGGUGGCCAUUGGUGCCUCAUACUCAGUACUGAAAACCACUACAUCUCAGAUACCUGCAUUCUGUCAGCUCGAAUCAGAGCCACAUAGUACAUCAGAACUCAGACCCUGCUGGUGGCCCUCAGCCACCGACGGGACUGAGCUGACCCAUGUUGUCUCUUUGGUUUUCUACAUCCAAAUGUGUGUCUAAGGUUGGAACCAUUCUACUGAAAACCUUCCCUCUUGUCACAGCCUCCAUUGCCAAGCAGCUCCAUCCCAUAAUAUAGACUCCACCGUACAAAGCCAUUACAGGAACUCUGGAAACCACUACCAGUGAGCAAUUUCUCACUAACCAGCCACCUUUUCUUUCUCUUAGCUCCACGUCAGCACUGAGACCAGAUUCAAGCACCCCUGUCCUGUAACCGAGACAAAAUGGCGUGUGUUGUUUUGGGGUUUUGUGAUUGUCGGUGGGUUCCUUUCCUUGGCUCUCCAAAUUUACUUUUGGGGCCUGUUCUAAAUGCAAACCCAGCAGGUUUCGUCUGUCCUGUCCAUUCCAUUCAGCUAUAUCUCGCAGGGGUUGUUCUUUCUUAUCCCACAACAAAUUGCACAUCCACAUCCAUCAGCACUGAUGGCCUAUGAAUGGGCAAUGGUCUAACACCGCCAAACCUCCCCCACAGCACUGUGGCCAGGAGGUGGGUGAAAUCUACUGUACAGGAUUCAGGAAUUGGUUGUGGUUUGUCGGGAUGGAAGUUGGGGUAAGUCUGGUUGGUCAGAGGGAGACGUGUUGGAGAUUAUGAAGAUGGAUUAUUGGAUGAUCUACAAUAAGGCAGGGAAGGUUCAUUUGUAAGUAGUAAUGUGAACUGAAUUGCAUUAAGAUUGUGGCCUUUGUGUGAUAUAUAUUAUGUAUUUUCUUAUAUGCAUGAGCCAAACUGUUGCGAUAUAAUUUAGCAUUGGUGUCUGCUCUUAUUUUGACCAUCUUCGUCCACCAUUAUUAGUUCUUGGCUGUUAAGUGUAGAUAGAUCUUGUAAAUAUGGCGACCUUUGGUUGCUGAGUUCACUUUGGUUCAAUUCCACACAAGGAACCACACACAAAGAACUCCACUGUGUCCUCAGAAGACAGGGCACUUUUACCUUGAACCAAAAAAAGGAAAAAAAAAAUCGGAAGCAUUCAUUGUAUCUUGAAGCUAAUUAACAUAAGACAUUUUAAAUUGUGACUACUACAAUUUGACCCCAUUUGAAAUAACCGAUUCAGAAACACUAAAGAUUUCACAAUAUUCAGUGGUAUUGUAACAAAACUACUAUAAUAUGUUGUUUUGUUUUGUUGAUAUUGCUGUUAAGUAUUGUUUUGUGUGUGUGUGUGUGUGUGUGUGUGUGUGUGUGUGUGUGUGUGUGUGUAUGAGAACCUCCUGGGGACAUGUUAUAUUUUGAAGUGAUUAAACUAUUUAAUUGUGUGUCUAUAUUUUGGAAUGGAAUUAUUUCUUCAUUAAAAAUGUUUUUUAAAACAC